AUGUGUUCCAUUCCUGGACUUCCAUCACCUGGUUCCAGUGUGUCUGUGCUCAUCACCAGAGUGAACUUGAACCCUCUUUGCGUUCUGGUAGAGUUUUGGUGCAAUUUUGACCAGGACCGGAGACUUGCCUACCAGCGAAUGAAAAAAGAGAUUCAGUACCCCAGGCAAGUAUUUCACGAGGCAGAAGGCAGUCCUGGUGACCUGUGCCUUGUGCGGGUCUACGAAACAUGGUAUAGAGCCCGAAUAGUGUCAAGAAAUGCUGCAGACUACAGUGUGUUUCUCAUUGAUGAGGGCAGAACGCUUCGCGCCACUACUGACACUCUGGCAUGGGGCCAGACUGACUUUUUCUACCUGCCUCCUGAAGUUGAAUUUUGUGUUCUGGCCAAUGUCCUACCCCUGUCCCCUGAAAAUAGAUGGUCAAAAAUGGCCUUGGAGUUCAUGAAAACAUUCACUGGGAGAAAAGUCACUGCCUGUGUUCAGGAUGUUGUAGUACCUCAGCGUACAUUUCUGCUCGAUAUACCAUGCCUGUCUAAACAAAUGUUUGAGAUGGGGUUUGCAAAGAAAUUGUCGAAUGAAAGGUUCAAAGACUUUGUUACACGUUCUUUGCAGUCUCACACCGAGUCCGUAGAUCCGCAAAUAACCGUCAAAAACGAACCAGUGGAGCUCCUUGAUCAAGCUGAAAAGCAGCACUGUUACAUGUAUCCAGAGCUGCAAACAGAAACGGUUGAGACUGUGAUUGUCACAGAGGUGACGAAUCCUCUUCGAGUCUUCUGUCAGCUGAAGGUGUUUUCGCAGGAGCUCAGGAAACUAACAGAACAAAUAACUCAGCAUUACGAAGGAAGAGUUGGAGCUCUUUUUGCCAGGACUGAGAACCUGGGAGCCCCUUGUGCAUCAAGAGGAAGUGAUGGCAAGUGGUAUCGCUCUAUUCUGCAGCAGGUCAUGUCCUCAAACAGUGUGGCAGAGGUACUGCAUGUGGAUUAUGGAAAGAAACGAUUUGUCCAAGUAGAGAAUAUCAGACCACUGGCCCCAGAAUUCUUCCGCAUGCCUGUUGUGACCUAUGUAUGCUCUCUCCAUGGGAUUAUUGACAGAGGGGUUGGUUGGACAGCUUCACAGAUCGACUUCUUGAAAUCCUUACUGCUCAACAGAACGGUCAUUGCCAAGUUUGAGUAUCAAAGCCUUUCAGAGGGUGUCCACUAUGUCACUCUCUAUGGAGAUGAAAACACAAACAUUAACAACUUGUUUGGAUUGAGAGAAAAAUGCUUAAUCGACUCAAAGUCCCAUGGAGACUAUACAGUUCACAAGAGCUCAUCAUCUCAGAAGAGCAAGAUUUCUGUUGGAAAUGAGCCAGAAGGCACUAAUCUAACUGACCUGGAUUUGAAAGGAAACACACCUGUGUUUUUUACAGAAAGUCUGACACCCAACACUUCCCAUGUGGCUGUUGUUAAGCAUGUUGACAGUCCUGCAAAGUUUUGGAUUCAGACACAAAAGUAUGCUGAUGAGUUUGACCAGCUAAUGGAAGGCUUAGAAGAGCUAUAUAGUGAUCUGGCCAGCCCUGAGGGAUUGAUUAGGAAGCCUGUACCUGGUCUACUCUGUGUGGCCAAAUCUCAAGAUGGUGUGUUCUACAGGGCUGCUGUUUGCAAAGUCAGCAAUGAGAAAGCAGAUGUUUUCUUCCUUGAUUAUGGCAACACAGAACUGGUUGACUGUUCCAACCUUCGUGAGCUGCCUCUCAGAUUUCAAAAGCUGCCAGCCCUGGCAGUAAAGUGUGCUCUGUACGGCAUCCAACCAAGUGGUGAAAGUUGGGAUCAAAAGUCCACGUUGUUCUUCUCAAAAGCUGUUCUAGAUAAAGUUCUUGAUGUGCACGUACUUGCCAAGUGCAAUUAUACUCAUGUUGUCAAGGUAAUUGAUUCUGAGUCAGAUGGAGAAAAAGAUUUAUCCAAGUUGCUGUGCAGUGUAGGCUUUGCAGAGAGUGUAGGACUGAAGAAAGCUAUAGAUAAGCCUGUUGUCAAAGGCUACCCUCAAAAGGGACACACCUGUAACAUGACUGAGAAACACAUGUCUCCAACAUCCAGUUCACCUGCUGUAACUGAGACCAGAGCUGCUUUCAAGGAGUACUUGUUUCCAAUUGGGAGUUCAGUUGAGGUUACUGUGUCUUGUAUUGAGAGCCCAAAUGAUUUUUGGUGUCAAAAAGCUAACAAUGCAGAACGUCUGAAACUGCUAAUGCAAGACCUCCAGGAAUACUAUGCAAACAGUCAAUUUCAAACGCCUUUAGAAUCGGCCUGUGUUGCUCGUCAUCCAGAGAAUGGAAUGUGGUAUAGAGCCUUGGUCAUUCAAAGGCACCAGACUCCCCAUGUGACUGUGCUGUUUGUUGAUUAUGGACAGACGAUAAAGGUUGCCAUACAUGACCUUCGCCGCAUUAAUCCAGCAUUCCUGAAGCUGAACGGACAAGCCUUCCGGUGCAGCUUAUACAACCUGAUUCAUCCAGUCUCUCACUCCCCAUCAGACUGGGGCCCGGAUGCCACAUCACAGUUUAAAGACUUUGUGGAUAACGCAGCCUCUAUGAAUGUGGUCUUGAAAUGUACCGUGUACGCUGUAAUGUAUGAUGUUCAGAAAGUGGCGUUCAAUGUGGUGGAUCUGGAGACUCCUUUCCAAAGUGUUUGCAACCUUCUUGUCCAGAGAGGUUUGGCUGACCGUGCACCAUCUAAAAAAGGCCCUCUUCCACCUUUUCACCUGAACACAUACUACUAUUCCACACAUGGUGUAAAAACUGGGUCUGAAGAAGAUGUAAACAUCACCAGUGUAAAAAGUGUCAGUCAUUUCUUUUGCCAGCUUGAAAGAAAUUCUGCACAGAUUGAAGAACUUGCAGAGAAAGUCAACAACUUAUGCAGUCAGCUGGAGAACGUUGACUGCCCAAAGACCUUUGGAAAAGUUUGCUUUGCAAAAUACACAGAUGGUCUGUGGUACAGGGGACAGAUUACAUCUGCAAAGCCUUCAAUUGUUGUCAACUUUGUGGAUUAUGGGGACACGCAGGAAGUUGAGAAAUCUGAUAUCCUUCCAGUUCCAUUUGAAGCUGGUGAAAUUAUGUCCGUACCUGUACAGGCAAUUGAGGGUGGGCUUUCUGACAUACCUGAAAACGUGCCAAGUGAAGUAAAUAAUUGGUUUGAGAAUUUUGCAACUGAUCGCCCUCUCAAAGCAUUGGUAGUAGCCAAAGAACCAAGCGGCAAACUAAUUGUUGAGCUUUAUGAUGGGAAAACUCAGGUGAAUGCAAUGAUCAGAGAGAAAUUUCAUAUUGAACGAGAGAGAAAUGAACAGGUUACUGUAAAAGGAUUUAAUUUCAAGGAUCAGAACGCACAAAAUGUGUCGCACAGAGCGAAUGAAGGCUUCAUUCGUGACGGAGCACGUUCAGUCAUUGAGGCUCAUGAAAACGUGCAUGGCUUUAAAAGAGGAAAAGAACCACAGCAGACUCCUGAUGACUGGAAAUCCCUAAAAAAUAAUGGGUCCAAGCCAGCUGAGCACCCAGUGAAGUCCCAAGGUGGAGACAUGGGAAGAGACAUGACCCAAGUGGAGUCGAGGCAUCUUGGUUCUCAUAGAGAAUCCCAUACUGAAUCUGCAAGUGUAAGUAGUACCAAACCAUGUGGCCUAAAAGAAGCCGAGCUUCCCUUGAAAGAGAUAAAACCCGGAAUGGAAGAGGAAGUGUUCAUCUCUCAUUACAGUAGUCCUUUGAGCUUCUUUGUUCAGUUACUAAACGAUGAAGAUGACCUUUGCUCUCUGGUAGAGAAGUUAAAUGAUGACCAGUCAGAGUUUGUGCCCGUCAACCCUAAUGACAUUCAUGAAGGUGACCUGGUCAGUGCAGUGUUCCCUGACGAUAGCUGUUGGUAUCGCGCAGUUGUCAGGAAGAUGCCCAUCAGUGACACAGUUGAUGUGGAAUUCAUUGAUUUUGGAAACAGUGCAAAGGUUUCAGUCUCGCAGAUAUGCUCUCUGGACAGAUUACUGUCUUCACAUCCAAGAUACAGCAUUCACUGCUCACUGACUGGAAUGAGAAACGCUGACAGUGAAGUGGCUUCUACCUUCAAGAAAGAAAUUGAAGGAAAUGCUGGUAAGGUUACAUGCACAUUCAUCGAAUUGGUAGGGUCUGUGUGGGAGGUCAAACUUGAGGUCAGUGGUAAGCUGUUGGGAUCUACUUUCUCCAGUGAUGCAUCCAUCACAACUGCACCAACAAAUGCAUUAAAGAGCUCAGUCACUGAGUGCGGGCUGUUUGCCAUCAAUCUUGGUGCGUUUUAUAAGAAUCCUGAUAUUUCGGAAGGACUGACCAUCACUGGAUAUGCCUCAUUCGUCAGUGGGCCACAGCUUUUCUGGUGUCAGAAUGCAGAGACAGAAAAACUGCAGAGGAUUUCUGAUGUAAUACAAAAGGCUGGUAAUGCUUUGGAAACUGAAGCUUUGAGUGAUGAAUCCUUGACGAUUGGAAGUGGAUGCAUUGCCCUUUAUCCUGAGGACAAGCUGUGGUAUCGUGCAAAGGUGACCUCACGAGAAUGUGAUACACUAUCCGUUAGAUUUGUUGACUAUGGAAACGAGUCAAAAGUUGAAAUGAGUGAGGUCAGACCCCUGCCGUGUGAGGUGUCCGAUUUGCCUCCUCAGGCAUUUGCCUGCCAGCUUAAUGGUUUUGAUAUUUCAGAGGGCUCCUGGAAUGACAAGGCAGAUGAUCAGUUCUUUGAGCUCAUCACUGACCAGCUCUUGAAAGUCACAGUUUUGAAACUGGGCGGCUUGUUUGAUGUAGAGACUCCUCAUUUUGUUAGUCUAGAAUGUGGUGAACUCGUCAUCAAUGAUGCGAUGAAAAAUUGUUGGAAUUGCAAGAGCACGUCAUUUGAAACAACAAAUGCACCACUAGUUCCUUCUGUUAAUCCUUCGGUGGUUAUUGAAAUUGGAUCUUACGAAUGUGUAGCUGAAGCUACAGUAAGGCCCAAGGAGUUUCCUCAGACAGCUGUGGAGUAUCCACAGGAUGACAUUUGCAGUUCAACAGUUGAAACGCAUCACCCAGAAGUAGAAUGUGAAAGUAUAAUGGUUGGGCAUCAGAAACAGGAUACAUCAGAUACAAGUGAUGCUGACAUGGGCAUAAUACCAUCUCAGGAUGAGGAGUCUGGAUUAAAGAACAUAAGAGAGCUGGUUGUAGUCGAAGAUCUAAUUACAAACGAGAAGUCCCAGUUGACAGAGACCUCUGCAGGCACUGAAAAUCUUGCCACUAAUGAAUUGGCUGUAGCGAUGGAUUCAGGUUUAAAUGUUUCGAACAACGUUCAUGAGAACCUGGUGGAAAUUUCACUUCAGAAAGACCAGCUCAGUGAUGAAAAAGAUGAAAAACAUUCAUCAACUCCAGAACACAAACACAACAGGAUUGAGGACGAUCCCGAGAUUAUUAAAUCAGACUUGGGGUACAUACGGAGGGCUGCAGAGAGAAAUCAGAUUGGAUCAGAAUGUGUGAUUUGGUCCCAUGCGCACAAGAACUGGUGCCGAGCACAGAUUUUAAAGAUUUCUGACGAUACUACCUUGGUACUGCUUUUGGACCAUGAUUCUGAGGUGGUGGUAGAUCCUGUUAACAUCUUUGAAAUCGUACCAGCGCAACUAUUGCAGGUUCCUUGUGGUGGCGAUACCAGUAUACCAGAAGAAGGCAAAGAGAUGUUGGAGGAACGAAAUUCUGAUCUUCUGUCAAAGGCUGAAGAAACAGAGCAUGAAGCUGUAGCCAGUUUUGCAUCUGUGGAACCUUCUGAAUUAGACGACGAGGAGAUGGUUGAAGAGUCUAGUGCUGUGGUUGUGAGGGAUCUGUUUGUUAUCCCUGAGGAACAGCCUCAAGAUAAAGAUGCCUCCUGGUCAGGUUAUUUGAUGGGAGAUGCUGAGACAGAACCUUUGUAUGAAGAUGAGCACAAAGGCUCCGAUGAAGGCCCUGAUAUUCCUCUGGAAAUGGGUGAAAUGUUUGAAGAUGUUUCGGCUGAGCAAAAAGAACCAGUGUUGGAGAUGGAUCCAGUAUUAGAUCUAGGACAGAACAUCAGUUCUGAUUCAGAGGUUCAGGCUCAAACUGAAGAUGCUGUGGAGACACGUCCUCCGGUCGAGGAACCGAGAGAUCAAAGUGCCAGUGAGGUCAGUAAGGGGGAAGAUGAGCUGAUAGAUUUCCUUGCAGCAACACCGCUAGAGAAGGUCCAGAAUGUGGAACUUGGGGCUGAACCUGAUCUGGAUGCUUUGAUUGAAGAAGUUAACAGUUUUACAGAAGAUCUGAUUGAUUUUGUGAGUGAUCCUGAACUGGACUCGGACACUGCAUCUGACGACACGCUUCCAGGAGAUAAGGUGGGCACUGAACCUCCUCUUGCUGUGACAGCAUCUUCUGGCUUGGAUGCAAAAGCAUCCGUUUCUGAACAUCCUGACUCAGAAGAGCUCAGCGUUUCCAGAGUUUCUCACCUCGCUCUCAGAGUUCAGGACACGUCUGACGAUGAUAUUAUCUUUGUGAAAGCGUGGCAGGUACCUUUAACAGAGGCAAGUGAGCCAGAUAGCGGAGAGUAACUGCUG